AUGUCUGCAGUGGUGGCCCAGUGUCACUACAGCUUUGGUCUGCGGACAUGCGUGGCAAAUAACCUGUGCUACUUUGAUGAGCAGACUGUCAUCUUCCCAUCUGGGAACAACUGUGUUCGUUACAACAUCGAUCAGAAAUGGCAGAGGUUCAUCCCAGGUAUUUGCCACGUUCACUUCUCAGGAUUACAACAAUAUGGCUUGGGUCAGGGUGUUUUAUAGAUGUUUAGUGUCUCUGACACUAGCACUCACUCUGAAAUAUUUUCAUAGACAAAUAUAAACCUGGUAUUCAAAACAAAAUUAGCUGUUAACAACCUGUUAAAUGUAUCCAACUUCCAGUUAUGUUUUCUUUGUGAUUCAUCCUCGAUUUUGCUCCUCAGGUUUGGAGAGGAGUCAGGGGAUGUACGCCCUGGCCAUCAGCUCAAACCGCCGCUACCUGGCGGUGUCGGAGCGUGGCGAGAGGGCCACCAUCACCGUGUACGACCUGCAGCACGAGCAGAGCCGGAAGAGGAAGGUGCUGAGCGGAGGGGACAUCCCUGUCCAUGAGUUUGUCUCCAUGGCGUUCUCCACCGACUCCAAGUACUUCAUCAGCCAGUCAGGGGCGCCGGACUACACCCUCUUCUACUGGAUGUGGGAGAAGCAGAAGAUCAUGGCCAUGGUGAAGACCACUGUGGCCGCUAACCCAGUCACCCAGGUGAGGUCGGACUGCUCUCUUGUUAGUGGGGCCAUGGAAGAGUCCUUGGCAAGGAAAUGGUGGUGGGGAAUGAUCAGCAUGUUCAUUCAAAAUAGCAGUGUUAUUUUUCCAUAGAUAAGGCAUUAAACAACCUUACUAGUCCUUGCUCCUUACUCUGUUGUAGUAUUAACUCUGUAGCUGAUCACAGGCAUACCUAUUUACUUACACAAGCUAUAUCUCGAUGGCACUGUCUCACACUAUAUGUUUCCAGGUCAGCUUGAACCCAUAUGACAACACCCAGAUCUGUGUGAGUGGGAAUGGGGUCUUCAAGCUGUUCCGCUAUGCAGAGGGGGCUCUGAAGCAGUCCACCUUCCAGAAGCUAGAGACGCAUCAUUUGUUGUCCCAUGCCUGGGUGUCUGAGGAGAGGGUGAUAGCUGGGACAGAGGCAGGCAGGCUGAUGGUGUUUGAGUCUGGAGACCUGCGAUGGGAUAUGAGUGUGUCCCCCAAGACCACCGUUUCACAGGACCCAGAGAGGUAGGCAUAGGGAGGUAAAAGACAAGCUGGCACUGAAAGAUCUCCAAACAGAUGUUACUCACACAUUGUGAGAGUGACCAUGUUUUACAGUUUUCACAAUUUUUGACUUUUUGCAGCGCAAAGGGAAAUGAUGAAGAGUCCCUUCCUCAGUUGCCCCGGGUUACAGUCAUUACAGCGUACUCCAAAGGCUUUGCCUGCUCGGCCGGUCCUGGGACGGUGUGUCUGUUUGAGAGAACCGACGAUAAGGACAACUACAGGAAAACCAGGGAGAUAAGGGUAACAAAGCUUUCACCAUACUUCAUUUCAUCACUCUUUCCAGCAAUAUGUUGUAUACAACUAAGCUCAUUAUUUGUGUGUGUGUGUGUGUGUGCGUAUAUUUUAAGAGUUUUAUUCCAAAACGCUUUACAUCCAUUUUCAGAACUGUUGGUAAAUUAGCUUUUGUUGUUUUAAAGAAAUUAUGAAAGAGAUUGGUGUGUUUUUUCACUAUCUAAUCAUGGCAUGGGGUUGUUCAAUGACAGACAUGUAUUUGUUUAAAUCUAUCUAUGUAUGGUUUCACUUUAGAGAGGCAAAUAAUCAUGUUUUUUGGAAAAUGCUAAAUAACCGCCUCACUCGCAGAGAAAUAAGUACUACUGCUAGGUUCUACACAGUCAAAUGUAACAAAUAACGACAUUUUUAAUAAAGAAAUGUACAAAUGAUACAUUUGUGACUUCAAUAUUUAAAAAAUUAUACAAAAUAAAAUUCAAUACAGUAAUAUGAGAUCUGUAUGUAAAACAUUUACAUUUGACAUUUUUGUCAUUUAGCAGAUGCUCUUAUCCAGAGCGCCUUACAGUAAAUGCAUUCAUCUUAAGAUAGCUAGGUGAGACAACCACAUAUCACAGUCAAAUAUACAGGAUACGAACAUUCCAUUCCAGCUAAACAAUGGAUGUACAGCGUUUUGCCAAAAAAAGACAUUUUCAUACACAUCUAAAAUCUAUGACUAAAAAAUCUGACAACAGUAAUACUUUACACACACAUGAAGUUACCCAUAAGCAAUUAUUUCUGAUGAAGAAACACAAAUGGGAAAAACUGGGGCGGCAGGUAGCUUAGUGGUUAAGAGCGUAGUGCCAGUAACCGAAAGGUCGCUGGUUCUAAUCCCUGAGCCGACUAGGUGAAAAAUCUGUUGAUGUGCCCUUGAGCAAGGCACUUAACCCUAAUUGCUCCUGUAAGUCGCUCUGGAUACGAGCGUCUGCUGUAAAUGUAAAUAUAGCAUUUUGGAAAUAAACUCUUCAUUUGUCCCAUCCAGAUCCCCCCAGACCAGUGCAGCCACGAGCCCAGCCAGGCAGAGCAACAGCAGAUUGUCUCUCUGGUCAUCAGUCCGUCAGAGGAGACUAUGGUGACCAGUACAGACCGUGGUCAGCUCUACAUUAUCACCCUGUCCUCUGCUGAGAUGAGAAAGGGGGAGCAGGCUCAGUUUGAGUUUCUGUCCUAUUCCUUCCACUCCGGGUCUAUCACUGGUCUGUCCAUCUGCAUCCGUAAGCCCUUCAUCGCUACCUGUUCCCUGGACCAGUCUGUACGCAUCUGGAACUUCGAGACCAAGUAAGAGUUAGUCUCACUGGCCUCACUGGCCUCACUAUCCCUUUAAGAAAAUCUGGACUUGAUGUCAAACCUGUGGGAUCGUCUCAGAUAUCAGCUUGUUUUCUAUUCUCACUGGUAGUUAUAUCUGAGGACGUUUGUUUCAUGGCUGGCUUCUAGUUUAUUUCUAGACUCUUAGCCCUUAUUCAGGUCCGUCUCCCUCUCCCUUCCCCCCAGCACCCUGGAACUGUAUAAGGAGUUCCAGGAGGAGGCGUUCAGCAUCGCCCUGCACCCCUCUGGCCUGUUUGUCCUGGUGGGCUUCUCUGACAAGCUGAGGCUCAUGAAUCUCCUCAUAGACGACAUCAGGACCUUCAAGGAGUUCAACAUCCGAGGCUGUAGAGAGGUGUGAAUUAAGAGUUCUCAAUGCCAACAGUUACUCAUUGUAGACAGCUGAACAUCACUGGUACUCAAACAUUGAUUUCUAGCUAUUCCAGCUCUCACAGUGUACAGCAUGCUUUUGCCUUUUAGUGUGCCUUCAGUCACGGAGGACACCUGUUUGCUGCAGUGAAUGGAAACGUCAUUCACAUCUACUCCAGCACCACCUUCGAGAGCGUCCUCAACCUCAAGGGACACAAUGGGAAGGUGAGGGGCACUGGAUGAGGUCACUGACGGUUUACUGCAUGAUUUAUCAUCAGAGUGUCAGGCUAUUCAUACUGACUGCCAACAGUUCCAGUAAGCCUCGCCUCAGGCCAACAGUUCUAGGCCAUGUGAGCUGACCAGGAAAAACUUUGGCCAUAGUUAUAGCUUUGAGUUUUCCCAUGUUAAUUCCCUUGUUAAUUCACCUAUCUCGAAAAACCCAGGGUGGCAGAGAUAACAGAGGUGACUGCGGGGGUGGUAUUUUAUGUCCUACUUUAUGUGUCUCCAUCUUCAGGUGCACUCCAUAGUCUGGAGCGGUGACGACAGCAGGCUGGUGUCGUGCGGGAUGGAGGGAGCUGUGUACGAGUGGAACACCCUGACCAGCAAGCGGGAGUCGGAGAGCAUACUAAAGUCCUGCAGCUACACCGGCGUCACCGUCUCCCCCGACGCCAAGACUAUCUUCGCCGUGGGGACCGACUGUACCCUGAAAGAGAUCCAGGACUGUCAAGUGAGACCUGAAAACAGUAGCAUAUGAAAUGUUUCUUCCUUCUAGAAAGUUGUUCCUGGCCACUGUGCUUCUGUUUCUGCUUGCUCUUUGGGGUCAACUGCUGAUGGAAAAAAAAGAAAAAAAAGAUUGACAUUUGUUUGAAAUGUCACAUGCUCUGACAAAUGUGUAUUAGUUUUGAAAUAUAGUCAGUUAUAAAUGAUGGUAUAAACUUCUAUGAGGACUUUUUUCAUCAUAGCGAUAAUGUAGUCUUAAUAAUUGAGGGGAGCAGUUAGAUCUUAUUAGCCAGUUUUCCUUAUUCUCACUAGGCAUACGUUUUCCUUAUUCUCACUAGGCAUACGUUUUCCUUAUUCUCACUAGGCAUACGUUUUCCUUAUUCUCACUAGGCAUACGUUUUCCUUAUUCUCACUAGGCAUACGUUUUCCUUAUUCUCACUAGGCAUACGUUUUCCUUAUUCUCACUAGGCAUACGUUUUCCUUAUUCUCACUAGGCAUACGUUUUCCUUAUUCUCACUAGGCAUACGUUUUCCUUAUUCUCACUAGGCAUACGUUUUCCUUAUUCUCACUAGGCAUACGUUUUCCUUAUUCUCACUAGGCAUACGUUUUCCUUAUUCUCACUAGGCAUACGUUUUCCUUAUUCUCACUAGGCAUACGUUUUCCUUAUUCUCACUAGGCAUACGUUUUCCUUAUUCUCACUAGGCAUACGUUUUCCUUGAAAGUGGUGCUGACUGUUUUGAGGGAAUAUUUUAUUUAAAAAAUCUUCAUUUCAUAUUUUUUGCUGGUGUCAGUUUCCAGCUGUGUUAUAUGAAGUUCUGAAAGGGAAAAUACACUGAACAAAAAUAUAAACGCAACAUGCAACAAUUUCACAGAUUUUACUGAGUUACAGUUCAUAUAAGGAAAUCAGUCAAUUACAAUAAAUUAAUUAGGCCCUAAUCUAUGGAAUAUCACAUGACUGAGAAUACAGAUAUGCAUCUGUUGGUCACAGAUACCUUUAAAAAAAAGUAGAGGCAUGGAUUAGAAAACCAGUCAGUAUCUGGUGUGACCACAAUUUGCCUCAUGCAGCAGGACACAUCUCAUUCUCAUUGUGGCCUGUGGAAUUUGUCCAACUUCUCGUCAAUGGCUGUGCGAAGUUGCUGGAUAUUGGCGGGAACUGGAACACGCUGUCGUACACGUCGAUCAAGAGCAUCCCAAACAUGUUCAAUGGGUGACAUCUCUGGUGAGGACUGUGCCUUGCAAAAGUAUUCAUCCCCCUUGGCAUUUUUCCUAUUUUGUUGCAUUACAACCUGUCAUUUAAAUGGAUUUUUAUUUGGAUUUCAUGUAAUGGAUAUACACAAAAUAGUCGAAAUUGGUGAAGUGAAAUGAAAAAAAUAACUUGUUUCAAAAAAUUCUAAAAAAUAAAUAACUGAAAAGUGGUGCGUGCAUAUGUAUUCACCCCCUUUGCUAUGAAGCCCCUAAAUAAGAUCUGGUGCAACCAAUUACCUUCAGAAGUCACAUAAUUAGUUAAAUAAAGUCCACCUGUGUGCAAUCUAAGUGUCACAUGAUCUGUCACAUGAUCUCAGUAUAUAUACACCUGUUCUGAAAGGUCCCAGAGUCUGCAACACCACUAAGCAAGGGGCACCACCAAGCAAGCGGCACCAUGAAGACCAAGGAGCUCUCCAAACAGGUCAGGGACAAAGAUGUGGAGAAGCACAGAUCAGGGUUGGGUUAUAAAAAAAGAUCAGAAACUUUGAACAGAGCACCAUAAAAAAAAAGGCAAGAAUAUGGCACCACAACAAACCUGCCAAGAGAGGGCCGCCCACCAAAACUCACGGACCAGGCAAGGAGGGCAUUAAUUAGAGAGGCAACAAAGAGACCAAAGAUAACCCUGAAGGAGCUGCAAAGCUCCACAGCGGAGAUUGAAGUAUCUGUCCAUAGGACCACUUUAAGCCGUACACUCCACAGAGCUGGGGCCUCAUGUAUCAAUCUUGCGUACGCACGAAAACACGGCGUACGCCAGCUUUCACGUUCACGGUCAGAUGUACUAACAGUGAAAUUAACGUAAGAAUGUGCGUUCUUCCACGUAAACUUCAGGCCUGGCGUACGUACAUUUUUGUGAUGUUUGUCCGUUGGCGACUCAUAGAGGCAAUAAAGUGAAGUGGCAAACAUUACACUACGAACUGUUCUAUCGCACCUGCCAGAUAUUGCUUAUAAUUUGUAAUUGAUAAAUGAUUUGCCAUAUUAUUGUCACACGAGUCUUAUUAGAAUAUUCUAUGAAUUAUGCAAUUAAGUAAGAACAUAUAUAAAGGAUGUGAAAAUUGAUACAACCCGUCUAGCAAUGGCAGCUUUGGCUUUAUUAGAAGACAUUUUCAAUGGACAAAUCCGGAGAGAACGAGUUUUUAGGGACCACGGUGAUUUUCUGGCCCACGACGAUGACUGGCUCAUCAGCCGUUUCAGAUUUCCAAGGGCUAUACUCUUGGAGCUCUGCGCUGAGUUGGGUCCGAAUUUGGAAAGAGAGACAGUGAGGAGCCACGCAUUACCCGUUCCUUUACAGGUGCUUACUACACUUGGUUUCCUAGCAACCGGUUCUUUCCAAAGAGAACUGGCAGACCGCUCAGGAAUAAGCCAGUCGUGUUUGAGCCGUGCAAUGCCACCUGUAUGGGACGGCAUCAUCCGCUUGUCUACCAGGUAUAUAACGUUCCCAUACGAUGCAGGUGACCAGCCAAACAUCAAAGCGCAAUUUGCAGCGAUAGCCGGUUUUCCUAAUGUAAUCGGAGCGAUCGACUGCACACAUAUUGCUAUAAAGGCGCCAUCUGAAGACGAAUUUGCAUAUGUGAAUCGGAAACAUUUCCAUUCAAUAAAUGUGCAGAUUAUAUGUGAUGCACAAAUGCGCCUAACAAAUAUUGUGGCAAGGUGGCCUGGGUCAACCCAUGAUUCAUAUAUCCUUACAAACAGCAUGGUUGGGAUGAGACUCCAAGCUGGCAGGGUGCGCGAUGGGUGGCUACUUGGUAAGUUAUGCAUUUAAAUGUAUGGUUCUAUCUAAAAGUAAAAUGUUUGUGUCUGUAAUUAUUAUUACUGCCCAUCAGGAGACAGUGGUUAUCCACUAAAGACGUGGCUGUUAACCCCCCUCACCAACCCACAAACUGACCGAGAGCGCAGAUACAAUGAUGCCCAUUCCCGCACUCGGUCAGUUGUGGAGCGGGCGAUUGGGCAGCUGAAAUGUCGGUGGCGCUGCCUUGACAGGACCGGGGGAUGCUGUUAUACCGCCCUGACAAGGUUUGCCGCAUCAUACUGGCCUGUGGAGUGCUGCACAAUGUCGCGCACAGGCAUGGCAUACCCCUUGGUGAGGUGGGGGCACCGCCAGAUGACCCUGACCCAGGACCAGUAUAUGUGCAGCACAAUCAACAAGCCAUUCAGGCCCGUCAACGUGUAAUUGCGACAAUAUAAAUGGUACUCAGACACAAAGUUCAUUUUUUGACCAAUUCUUUUAAUGAAUGGCUUAUUUCUGUGAGUGCGUCAGUGACAUUUUUAAGGUGACUGUUCAUUUCUUCAAUGGCCCUAACAAUUUGUUGUUGUGACUCCAGAACAGCAUGCGUCAAGACACGGCCAGAUGGACGGGCUUCAGCACUGGGGGGAACAUUAGAGACACGGGAGACGCUGGACUGAAUGGGCUCUGGCUGCUCAGGUGGUGCGGACUCUGAGUGCGUGCCAGUGGACGUUCCUGCGGUUCCUAAGUCCAAUUAAACACAGGCACAUCUUAACAGUAAUUUGAGUCUGUUCCUUAUUAAUGGGUACACGCAUUUGCAAUAAAAGCAGUGGAUACGUGAAAUCUCUGGUGUACCUUUUGCUAUAUUGCAUGCAUUUUAAAAUUAAACGGUGGCUGGCUAUGUAUAUCAAAGUUAAGGAAAUAAAUCUGAGUCACCUUGCUGGCAGUCCUGUAGUAUAUCCGAGUCUCCUACAUCAGCGGAUACGAUUCCAGAGAUUAACGUGUCUCCUACAAUAGAGGCAACUCUCUGAUCAAAGGGUGCAAGUUCAUCGGUCCCUGUACCACCGCCUGUUCUGCCCACACUUUGUCGGUGCGCAGCAGUUCUCCGCUUAACUUCCACCUUUAUGUCUGACCAUUUCUUCUUCAGUUCAUUUACGGUGCGACUCUCAGAUCCCACCGCGUUGACGGCAUCAGACAAACUCGCCCACUCUUUUUUCUUUAUUUUGUUAUUAAUUCCAGAGGACAGAUUUCCAAAUAAAAUAUUUUUUCUUGUUUCUACCUCUGAUAGUAGCACCUCUAAUUCGUUUUCAGUGAAAUUUCGUUUCUUGCUUGCUUUAGCCAUGUUCUUGCAGGUUUCUUUUGACAAAUUGGACUAAUUACCAUAUUUAAAUUGAUUUAAUUGAGGGAGGAGACAGGGUGUGGUGUGGUGCUCGUGCAUGUGCGCUCAAUUUCGCGUUGAUUGGGAUGUACAAAGAGAAUGUAUGUGGAAUGCUGCGUACGCAGAGAUUCAUACAUCAGAUUUUUUUGGUGCGUACGCACAUUUAUGGCUUUGUCCGUACGCAAUGUUUUAGUAUGAAUUCAACGCAAGUCUUUGUACAUGAGGCCCCUGGUCUUUACGGAAGAGUGGGCAGAAAAAAGCCAUUGCUUAAAGAAACAAAUAAGCAAACACGUUUGGUGUUCGCCAAAAGGCAUGUGGGAGACUCCCCAAACAUAGGGAAGAAGGUACUCUGGUCAGAUGAGACUAAAGUAAAAAAUAAAAAAGGAAAACGCUAUGUCUGGCGCAAACCCAACACCUUUCAUCACCCCGAGAACACCAUCCCUACAGUGAAGCAUGGUGGUGGCAGCAUCAUGCUGUGGGGAUGUUUUUCAUCGGCAGGGACUGGGAAACUGGUCAGAAUUGAGGGUAUGAUGGAUGGCGCUAAAUACAGGGAAAUCCUUGAGGGAAACCUGUUUCAGUCUUCCAGAGAUUUGAGACUGGGACGGAGGUUCACCUUUCAGCAGGACAAUGACCCUAAGCAUACUGCUAAAGCAACACUCGAGUGGUUUAAGGGGAAACAUUUACAUUUCUUGGAAUUGCCUAGUCAAAGCCCAGACCUCAAUCCAAUUGAGAAUCUGUGGUAUGACUUAAAGAUUGCUGUACACCUGCGGAACCCAUCCAACUUGAAGGAGCUGGAGCAGUUUUGCCUUGAAGAAUGGGCAAAAAUCCCAGUGGCUAGAUGUGCCAAGCUUAUAGAGACAUACCCCAAGAGACUUGCAGCUGUAAUUGCUGCAAAAGGUGGCUCUACAAAGUAUUGACUUUGGGGGGGUGAAUAGUUAUGCACGUUCAAGUUUUCAGUUUUUUUGUCUUAUUUGUUGUUUGUUUCACAAUAAAAAAUAUUUUGCAUCUUCAAAGUGGUUGGCAUGUUGAGUAAAUCAAAUAAUACAAACCCCCCAAAAAUCCAUUUUAAUUCCAGGUUGUAAGGCAACAAAAUUGGAAAAAUGCCAAGGGGGGUGAAUACUUUCGCAAGCCACUGUAUAUGCAGGCCAUGGAAGAAGUGGGACAUUUUCAGCUUCCAGAAAUUGUGUGCGACAUGGGGCUGUGCAUUAUCAUGCUGAAACAUGAGGUGAUGGCGGUGGAUGAAUGGCACGACAAUGGGCCUCAGGAUCUCGUCACGGUAUCUCUGUGCAUUGAAAUUGUCAUCGAUAAAAUGCAAUUGUGUUCGUUGUCCGGAGCUAAUGCCUGCCCAUACCAUAACCCCACCGCCACCAUGGGGCACUCUGUUCACAACGUUAACAUCAGUAAACUGCUUGCCCACACAACGCCAUACACGUUGUCUGCCAUCUGCCCGGUACAGUUGAAACUGGGAUUCAUCCGUGAAGAACACACUUUUCCAGCGUGCCAGUGGCCAUCGAAGGUGAGCAUUUUCCCACUGAAGUCAGUUACAACGCCGAAUUGUAGUCAGGUCAAGACCCUGGUGAGGACGACGAGCACGUAGAUGAGCUUCCCUGAGAAGGUUUCUGACAGUUUGUGCAGAAAUUCUUCAGUUGUGCAAACCCACAGUUUCAUCAGCUGUCUGGGUGGCUGCUGUCAGACGAUCCUGCAGGUGAAGAAGACGGAUGUGGAGGUCCUGGACUGGGGUGGUUACAUGUGGUCUAUGGUUGUGAGGCCAGUUGGACAUACUGCCAAAUUCUGUAACAUGACGUUGGAGGCGGCUUAGGGUAGAGAAAUGAACAUUCAAUUAUCUGGCAACAGCUCUGGUGGACAUUACUGCAGUCAGCAUACCAAUUGAACGCUCCUUCAAAACUUGAGACAUCUGUGGCAUUGUGUUGUGUGACAAAACUGCACAUUUUAGAGUGGCCUUUUAUUGUCCCCAGCACAAAGUGCGCCUGUGUAAUGAUCAUGCUGUUUAAUCAGCUUCUUGAUAUGCCAGACCUGUCAGGUGGAUGGUGGUGGAGAAAUCAGAAUUAGCUAGGUAACAUAGAAAAUUAAGAUGUCUUAUCUGCAGAAUAUGCUUAUAUGAUUGAACUGUUGAACUCUUGUUAUUAGAAUGUCUCCUUUCGGACUCUGGUGUGGGCAGCUGCACUUCCUCCCUCAUAUGGGCCUCAGUCACCUGGGGCCCAGAGAGGGGAGAAGUCAGGCUUGUCUAUCACAUGUCCCUGUUGCUAUGCAGAAUAUGAGAAAGAGAAUAGGGCAAAGGAGGUCUGAAGGACACAUUGUUUCCAUAUGUGAGUAUGUGUCUUUACCUAUUGCAAACUAUGUGAAGGGAUGGCAUGAGGAAUGGGAACAAAUCACUUGUCUCCACAAUGUCUGUGUGUCAUUCACCCCCUCCUUUGGCCUUGGGAGAUUGUUCUCUCCCCAGGUUCCCUUUCUAGCAAAGUGGAAAUUAAGUAACAACAAAUGUGCUUCUAAAUUCUUAGUACUGAACAAAACAAUGAGUUCUUUGUAUUUGGGGCUAAGGUCUGGCACAGGAAGUGUGGGGUUAGUGUCUGGAACCAUUGUAUGUUAUCUCUGAGGUUGCACCUAUCCUGACCUAUCCUGGGAUAGUAUAUAACCCAGAGGCUCACUCCACUCAGUGAGCUCUCACUAUAUCCACUCUGUGUGCAUGUUGUGACGGCUCCCUUAUUAAUAAGCACAAUAAAGAUUUUUUGCAAGUAUAACCUAAUUGGUGGUUGGUUCUGGCUCUCCUCAUUUGUUAAUUUCUGGGAUGUUUUAAUUCAGCUCAUGAAACAUGAGACCAACACUUUACAUGUUGCGUUUAUAUUUUUGUUCAGUGUAAAUAGAGUUUCCCAUCUCCGUCAUAAUGACCGGAGCAGAGAAGAGAGCCCAUUAAAUUCCCACUCUGCUGUCAGUUCUCCUCAUCCUGAGUGACGGCCAUCUUUCUGACAGUCUAUGAAACCAGUCAGAAGAGAGGAUAAAGGCCAUUUGAGUUAUUGUCAGCUGCUGGAGCUUCGAAAGAAACCCUAACAAUCAUAAACAUCUCAAUGUUGAGGAAUUUUAGGCGGUCUUUCUGAAUAGAUCAGUGGUUUGUUGGAUGCCAUCUAGUCCUUCCCCAGCAGGUUAUUUGCAAUUCAAAUGGUGGUGAAAUAAACAAAACUUUCACUGACACACAGAUGUAUUAUUUUAAUUUGGCCAGUAUUGUCUCAGCAAAAUAAUCCUACAGCAACAGGAUUUGAACAUUGAUCGGGGGUUAGGCUAUUAGCUGGUCAAAAUGAGGCUACAUGAAAAGUGGAAUACUGUUAAUAUAACUGUGUGUUAGUGCGGGUUUUCAGUGAAUUUAUGUAAAUCACAAAGCUUAUCUGCAUUUCCUGGAAUAUUCACUAGAAAAUUCUCAGCAACAAAAGAGUGAUCAAAUUAAGAUUCUACAUCUGUAAUAUCCCUGGGGCUAACUUAGCUAUGCUUAAACAUUACAUGUACACUCCUGGAUGAGAAUGGCACAAUAACUUUAAUGUUAUGCAUGAAUGACAACAACAUUUGCCUUUAUAUUCACAUCCAUUUUGUCCCCACCCCUGGCUGUCCCCCCCCCCCCCCCCCCCCCUCUCUCUCUCUCUCUCUCCUCUCUCUCUCUCUCUCUCUCUCUCUCUCUCUCUCUCUCGCUCUCUCUCUCUCGCUCUCUCUCGCUCUCUUUGUCAGAUCCUGCGUGAGGUGCCUGCUGAAGACGUGGCCUACACCACCAUCACCAUGUCCCGGUCCGGACGCACGCUCUUCACCGGGACCUCUAUCGGAACCAUCAGGGCCAUCAAGUACCCCCUGUCUAUCCAGAAGGACUGGAUCGAGUAUCAGGCCCACUCUUCAACUGUCACCAAAGUACGAUAAUGCGAUGCCUCCACUAAACAGUAACAUACUGUGCAUUGCAAAGUUUGAGCCAUUGCAGCUUAAUGAACCACAACAUAAAGCAACACAUCAGCAUCCACCCCUCACACACAACCUAUUUUUAUGAAGCGCUGAAUUCAAGAUUGAUGGUAGUCAGUUCGAGGGCCAUUGAUUUAAGUGGACAUAUCGUGAACAGAGGUGCGUAAAGUGUGUGUCCUCUCUGUGUUCAGAUGGUGAUCACGUUUGACGACCAGUACCUGCUGACGGUGUCUGAGGACGGCUGUCUGCUCAUCUGGAAGAUCAUAGACAAGGAGGGCCGUGGCCUGAAGAGAGACAAGGACAUCACCUACGCUGAGGAGAUCCUCAUCACCAAGUCAGACCUGGAGGAGAAGGUACAGAGAUGUCCUGCAUUGCCGUUAAGUUCUCCUGCAACAGGGUGAUCAAAUGAACAUCUGUAGGACACCCAUGGGGACUGUUGUAGUGUUACACUGACAUGAUACAUGGGGUGGGGGUGGGGAGUUACCUAAUUGUAGGUUGCACAGGAGGUUGGCGGCAUCUUAAUUGGGGAGAACGGGCUCUUGGCAAUGACUGGAGCGGAAUCAGUGGAAUGGUAUCAAAUACAUCAAACAUGGUUUCCAGGUGUUUGAUGCCAUUCCAUUUUCACCUUUCCGGACAUUAUUAUGAGCCGUUCCCCUCAGCAGCAUCCUGUGGUAGGUUUGCAAGGACCAUGCAGUUGCUCGUACUAUAACCUGAUUAUUUACAUUCUCCCUCUCCUCCUGUCCUUUCCUCUUCCUUCCCCUUCUCACCUCCUUUCAUGCCUCCCUUUCUCUCUUCUCCCACUCUCUUCACUUAAGAUACUCUCCUCUUCUUCUCUCCCUCUCUCUCUACCGUCUCUCCUUCUCUCCCUCACCCUCCCUCCCUCCUUUCCUCCAUAACAGAACCAGGUUAUGCUGGAGCUGAAGACCCGUGUGGAGGAGCUGAAGAUGGAGAAUGAGUACCAGCUCCGUCUGAAGGACAUGAACUACAACGAGGACAUCAAAGAGAUGUCAGCUAAGUUUGUUGAGCAGAUAGAGUCGCUCAAGACUAAGAGACAGGUGAGACAGACAGGGUUUCAAACAUAAUCAGUUACCUACCUCAAUUAACUUAACUAAAUAAAGUACUAGUACAUUUGAUAUAAUUACUUGAGUGAAUUAGAGCGAAGAAGAUACGUUUGGAUGGUAAAUUGGCUCUGAGAUAAACAGUAAUAUGUUAUGAAAAUUAUUCAUCUGAUGAAAUGCUUAUUUUGACCUUGUCCCAAGUAACUCUGAGGGCUUAUUUUCAGCUGGCAUUAAGGCCGGUGCUAGUGUCAAAGGCACGUUAGUUUGCAAUUUCAUCAUUUAAAAACUAGCAUACUGGCAUUUUCCAGACCUAAUGCCAGGUUCGGCUAUUUUCCUGUCUUAUAUCAGCUCUGAUGGGAGGGGUGUAAAUAUGGGUGUAAAUAUCUGAGUGUCCUUAAAAACAUGAUCCAAAGUGCUAAUUUCAGGUAGCGCUGAUAGGGAUAUUUAAGAGCAACCAAAAGCUGGUUUUACCAGUAAUGCAGUUGGUUAUGGAAUGAAUUUUGCCAGCGGAAAUGCAGCCUAUCCAGCCGUGACGCACACUGCCCAUAAUGCCCAUGGAACAAGGGUAGCCAAAUGUGCUUUUGGUGACUGUAUACUUUGUAUUUAGAAACAUAAACUCAUGUUUUUUCCCAUUACGUUUUAUUUGAUUAAAAACCAAGCAUAGCCUCCCCUCCUCUCAAUGAAGGCUUUUCUUUGUCCUGCCCAAUGCAAUCACAAAGUAGUCAAGACUGUCGAUAAAGGGUUUGGCUCCUGAGACCGCUUGGAAAUAAGGCCCACAUUAUUUUAGCCAUGCAGGUCCCGUUUUGGACGUGCGUAAAACCCCCUCCAUGAUGUAGGCUGUGUGUCCAUGCCCAUCAUCAAACAAGAGAUGAGAACCUUGGUGAAUACCAGUGAACCUUGUAUAUAGAAGUUAUCUGUAACCUGUAACAACAGCUUGUUUUCCGUUUCAUAUGUUCAAAACCCAAGUCCUCCCUUAGGCCUACUAUAAUGAAGGCUGGUUCAACAACAAGCCCUCCCUUAGGCCUACUAUAAUGAAGGCUGAUUCAACAACAAGCCCUCCCUUAGGCCUACUAUAAUGAAGGCUGGUUCAACAACAAGCCCUCCCUUAGGCCUACUAUAAUGAAGGCUGGGUCAACAACAAGCCCUCCCUUAGGCCUACUAUAAUGAAGGCUGGUUCAACAACAAGCCCUCCCUUAGGCCUACUAUAAUGAAGGCUGGUUCAACAACAAGCCCUCCCUUAGGCCUACUAUAAUGAAGGCUGGGUCAACAACAAGCCCUCCCUUAGGCCUACUAUAAUGAAGGCUGGGUCAACAACAAGCCCUCCCUUAGGCCUACUAUAAUGAAGGCUGGUUCAACAACAAGCCCUCCCUUAGGCCUACUAUAAUGAAGGCUGGUUCAACAACAAGCCCUCCCUUAGGCCUACUAAAAUGAAGGCUGGUAACCUUGCAAACAACAAGCCCUCCCUUAGGCCUACUAUAAUGAAGGCUGGGUCAACAACAAGCCCUCCCUUAGGCCUACUAUAAUGAAGGCUGGUUCAACAACAAGCCCUCCCUUAGGCCUACUAUAAUGAAGGCUGGUCAACAACAAGCCCUCCCUUAGGCCUACUAUAAUGAAGGCUGGUUCAACAACAAGCCCUCCCUUAGGCCUACUAUAAUGAAGGCUGGGUCAACAACAAGCCCUCCCUUAGGCCUACUAUAAUGAAGGCUGGGUCAACAACAAGCCCUCCCUUAGGCCUACUAUAAUGAAGGCUGGGUCAACAACAAGCCCUCCCUUAGGCCUACUAUAAUGAAGGCUGGGUCAACAACAAGCCCUCCCUUAGGCCUACUAUAAUGAAGGCUGGUUCAACAACAAGCCCUCCCUUAGGCCUACUAUAAUGAAGGCUGGGUCAACAACAAGCCCUCCCUUAGGCCUACUAUAAUGAAGGCUGGGUCAACAACAAGCCCUCCCUUAGGCCUACUAUAAUGAAGGCUGGGUCAACAACAAGCCCUCCCUUAGGCCUACUAUAAUAAAGGCUGGGUCAACAACAAGCCCUCCCUUAGGCCUACUAUAAUGAAGGCUGGGUCAACAGCAAUGCGUGUGUUUUUUAUCCUGGCGAUUUUAUGAUAUCAUUACAUUUUAUAUUUAUUUACUGUUGUUUAAUUUUAUUACAACCAAUCUUAUUAGAAUGAUUCAACUUCCUGGUUUUAUGGUUACAACGUCCGUGGCGCUUGUAAUGCAACUGGGAUGCGUGUGAUAGAAGGAGUCAGGCGCAGGAGAGUAAUACGCAUCCAAAGAGUUUAUUCCGUCGAUAAACAGUUGCGCAAGCAUGCGACAACAACACUCAGGCACAGGGGGAAAUAUCUACCCUGGCAACAACACGGUAAGGGUAGCUCAACCGAGCUACACACAGCUCAAUACAAACAAUCACCCACACAGACAAGGAAGCAGAGGGAACACUUAUACAAUGACUAAUUGGGGAUAAGGACCAGGUGUGUGUGAUUAAUUAGACAAGACAAGUGGAGUGAUGAUAAAUGGAUCGGCAGCAGCUAGUAAGCCGGUGACGACGAACGCCGAAACCUGCCCGAACAAGGAGGGGAGGCAGCCUCGGCGGAAGUCGUGACAGCAACUUCUGGAGAUGUGUGAAUGCGAUCUGAUCUGUAAACUGGUUACGAUGAUGUUCAUAAAACAUAGGUCUAUUUGGGAGCAGUAUAACGGUGUAGACAUUCUCCCUUUCUCUUUAUAUUGGAUCUUUUUUCCAGCUACUGUGAAAAGUUUGGAUAUGCGUAAAACCCUCCAUAGUCUGCGUUGUUAUAAUAUUAUAUGCCCACGGGGAGAAAUUGUGGUGCGUGUAAGUGUGACAUACAGUGAGGGAAAAAAGUUUGCCCACUGACAAAGACAUGAUCAGUCUAUAAUUUUAAUGGUAGGUUUAUUUGAACAGUGAGAGACAGAAUAAUAACAAAAAAAUCCAGAAAAACGCAUGUAAAAAUUUUUAUAAAUUGAUUUUCAUUUUAAUGAGGGAAAUAAUUAUUUGUCCCCUCUGCAAAACAUGACUUAGAACCCUUGUUGGCAAUCACAGAGGUCAGACGUUUCUUGUAAUUGGCCACCAGGUUUGCACACAUCCCAGGAGGGAUUUUGUUCCACUCCUCUUUGCAGAUCUUCUCCAAGUCAUUAAGGUUUCGAGGCUGACGUUUGGCAACUCGAACCUUCAGCUCCCUCCACAUAUUUUCUAUGGGAUUAAGGUCUGGAGACUGGCUAGGCCACUCCAUGACCUUAAUGUGCUUCUUCUUGAGCCACUCCUUUGUUGCCUUGGCCGUGUGUUUGGGGUCAUUGUCAUGCUGGAAUACCCAUCCACGACCCAUUUUCAAUGCUCUGGAGGUUCUCACCCAAGAUUUGACGGUACAUGGCCCCGUCCAUCGUCCCUUUGAUGCGGUGAAGUUGUCCUGUCCCCUUAUCAGAAAAACACCCACAAAGCAUAAUGUUUCCACCUCCAUGUUUGACGGUGGGGAUGGUGUUCUUGGGGUCAUAGGCAGCAUUCAUCCUCCUCCAAACACGGCGAGUUGAGUUGAUGCCAAAGAGCUCCAUUUUGGUCUCUUCUGACCACAACACUUUCACCCAGUUCUCCUCUGAAUCAUUCAGAUGUUCAUUGGCAAACUUCAGACGGGCAUGUAUAUGUGCUUUCUUGAGCAGGGGGACCUUGCGGGUGCUGCAGGAUUUCAGUCCUUCACGGCGUAGUGUGUUACCAAUUGUUUUUUUGGUGACUAUGGUCCCAGCUGCCUUGAGAUCAUUGACAAGAUCCUCCCGUGUAGUUCUCGGUUGAUUCCUCACCGUUCUCAUGAUCAUUGCAACUCCACGAGGUGAGAUCUUGCAUGGAGCCCCAGGCGGAGGGAGAUUGACAGUUAUUUUGUGUUUCUUCCAUUUGCAAAUAAUCGCACCAACUGUUGUCACCUUCUCACCAAGCUGCUUGGCGAUGGUCUUGUAGCCCAUUCCAGCCUUGUGUAGGUCUACAAUCUUGUCCCUGACAUCCUUGGAGAGCUCUUUGGUCUUGGCCAUGGUGGAGAGUUUGGAAUCUGAUUGAUUGAUUGCUUCUGUGGACAGGUGUCUUUUAUACAGGUAACAAGCUGAGAUUAGGAGCACUCCCUUUAAGAGUGUGCUCCUGAUCUCAGCUCGUUACCUGUAUAAAAGACACCUGGGAGCCAGAAAUCUUUCUGAUUGAGAGGGGGUCAAAUACUUAUUUCCCUCAUUAAAAUGCAAAUCAAUUUAUAACAUUUUUGACAUGCAUUUUUCUGGAUUUUGUUGUUGUUAUUCUGUCUCUCACUGUUCAAAUAAACCUACCAUUAAAAUUAUAGACUGAUAAUUUCUUUGUCAGUGGGCAAACGUACAAAAUCAGCAGGGGAUCAAAUACUUUUUUCCCUCACUGUAGCCUAUUUAAAACAAGUUGUUUUGGUGUGGUUAGAAUUUUAUUAGAAUUAUUUGUUCUCUUUUUAGGCCUUAUCAAUAAUGAAUUUAAUCUUGCAUAUUGACAAUGUUUGGCAUGUCCAUGCUCAGCCAUAAUGCAAUUUACAGUAGGCCUAGCCCCUAUAUCAGUGUGAAUGCUAUUGAAGCCAUGCAAUUACUUAGAACAAUGUGGACUGCAAAGUUAACGUAUUUAGCAAAGAUAGGUUUACAUUUUCUUAUUUUGUUUCUGUAAGCCAUUUAACAAACUGUAACGGACUAACAUUGAAAUUGGAGUUGAUUCCAAGGCAAUACAUAAAAGACCGUAAAUACACAACUUGAAGCAACCCCAUAUUUCGCCAUGGAGCACGUUCUGAUUGGCCAGUGAGGGGCCAAGCCUCGACACACCCACAACUUGUUUAUUCAACAAAACCCAGCCCUUUCGCGCCAAGGCCAGCAAGUGCGCCGAUAAUUGUGAUAGUGAAAAUAGCAAAAAUAUUUUUAACACACCCCUGAACCUAUAGUGCUACCGCCUGCGCUUAGAUUGACCAUUACAUUAGGUUUAUUAAAAUAGAGCCCUGAGUCUGUUUACUAUAGCUCAAUAUAUACUGAACAAAAAUAUAAACGCAACAUGUAAAGUGUUGGUCCCAUGUUUCAUGAGCUGAAAUAAAAUAUAAUAAUUUUCCAUACGCACAAAAAGCUUAUUUCUCUGAAAUGUUGUGCACAAAUUUGUUUACGUCCCUGUUAAUGAGCAUUUCUCCUACCAUAACGUUGUUUUAGAGAAUUUGGCAGUACGUCCAACUGGCCUCACAACCGCAAACCACGUGUAACCACACCAGCCCAGGACCUCCACAUCCGGGAUCAUCUGAGACCAGCCACCUGGACAGCUGAUGAAACUGUGGGUUUGCACAACCAAAGAAUUUCUGCACAAACUGUCAGAAACUUUCUCAGGGAAGCUCAUCUACGUGCUUCUCGUCCUCAGCAGGGUCUUGACCUGAAUGCAGUUUGGCGUCGUAACCGACUUCAGUGGGUAAAUGCUUACCUUCGAUGGCCACUGGCACGCUGGAGAAGUGUGCUCUUCACGGAUGAAUCCCAGUUUCAACUAUACCAGGCAGAUGGCAGACAACGUGUAUGGCGUUGUGUGGGCGAGCAGUUUGCUGAUGUUAACGUUGUGAACAGAGUGCCCCAUGGUGGCGGUGGGGUUAUGGUAUGGGCAGGCAUAAGCCACGGACAACGGACACAAUUGCAUUUUAUCGAUGGCAUUUUGAAUGCACAGAGAUACCGUGACGAGAUCCUGAGGAUUCAUUGACGUGCCAUUCAUCUGCCGCCAUCACCUCAUGUUUCAGCAUGAUAAUGCGCAGCCUCAUGUUGCAAGGAUCUGUACACAAUUCCUGGAAGCUAGAAAAUGUCCCAGUUCUUCCAUGGCCUGCAUACUCACCAGACAUGUCACCCAUUGAGCAAGUUUGGGAUGCUCUGGAUCGACGUGUACGACAGCGUGUUCCAGUUCCCACCAAUAUCCAGCAACUUCGCACAGCCUUUGAAGUGGAGUGGGACAACAUUCAACAGCCUGAUCAAUCAACAGCCUGAUCAACUCUAUGCGGAGAUGUGUCAUGCUGCAUGAGGCAAAUGGUGGUCACAUCAGAUACUGACUGGUUUUCUGAUCCACACCCCUACCUUUUUUUAAAGGUAUCUGUGACCAACAGAUGCAUAUCUGUAUUCCCAGUCAUGUGAAAUCCAUAGAUUAGGGCCUAAUUUAUUUAUUUCAAUUGACAUAGAUUUCCUUAUAUGAACCGUAAUUCAGUAAAAUCUUAGAAAUUGUUGCAUGUUGCGUUUAUAUUUUUGUUCAGUGUAAUACUUCUAACACGUUUUAACUUUCAAAUGUGUUCGGCUCUCAUAAUGGUAUGCACUGAGUGUACUUUGCCUUGUAAGAGCCGGCCUUGAUAAGAGCCACUGCUAGAUCGACAUGUAACAGUGUUGCUUCCGUCCCUCUCCUCGCCCCUACCUGGGCUUGAACCAGGGACCCUCUGCACACAUCGACAACAGUCACCCUCGAAGCACCGUUACCCGUCGCUCCACAAAAGCCGCGGUUGCUCCACAAAAGCCGCGACCCUUGCAGAGCAAGGGAAACAACUACUUCAAGGUCUCAGAGCGAGUGACUACUAGUGCGCACCGCUAACUAGCUAGCCAUUUCACACCGGUUACAGACACAUAGAAAUGAAAAUUGAAAGUGGCUCUGGCUGGGCUGGCGUAAGGCGAACACCUCAGUGAGGUUCAUAUGUAGAGACAUCCCUCUUUCUUCACCUCUAUCCAUCCCCCUCACUUCACCUCUCUUCAUCCCUCUCUCCAUCUCUCCUGUCAGAUCCUGAAGACGGAACGAAGCAAGAUGGAGUCAGCCAAUCAGGAGGCCAUGUUCGGGGUGACGGAGAAACACUCCAAAGAGCUGCAGGAUCUGGGUGAGUUCUAUUCUAUUCUGUUCUGUUCUAUUCUGUUCUAUUCUAUUCUGUUCUGUUUUAUUCUGUUCUAUUCUGUCUAUUAUAUCCUGUUCUGUUCUAUUCUGUUCUAUUCUAUUCUGUUCUGUUUUAUUCUGUUCUAUUCUGUCUAUUCUAUUCUGUUCUAUUCUGUUCUAUUCUAUCUAUUCUAUUCUGUCUAUUCUGUUCUGUUUUAUUCUGUUCUAUUCUGUCUAUUCUAUUCUGUUCUAUUCUAUCUAUUCUAUUCUAUUAUAUUCUGUUCUAUUAUAUUAUGUUCUAUUCUAUUCUGUUCUGUUUUAUUAUGUUCUGUUCUAUUCUGUUCUAUUCUGUUCUAUUCUGUCUAUUCUAUUCUGUUCUAUUCUGUUAUAUUCUGUUCUCACUUCUUGUCCAUCUAUCGGAAAAGUUACCUCUUAAGUUUUGAGUUAAGAGACUUGAAUGACUCCCAUUUCAGUGUGUACAUUGACAGCAGCACCUGAUAGCAUUGACUGUGUUGAAUCCAGUGUCCUCCUCAUAUCCUCUCUGUGACUCUCGCUGCUCUCCUCCCCCAGAGUCAGCCAACAGUCAGAAGCUGAUUCUGGAGUAUGAGAAGUACCAGGAGCUGCAGCUCAAGUCUCAGCAGAUGCAGCAGGACUACGAGGAACAGCUGCAGCAGAUGGACGAGAGCAAGGCAUCUGCCCUGGAGGAUCUCACCCUCCACUAUGAGGGGAAGCUGCAUGAGAUGCUGCUGGUGUUGGAGCAGGUAGGAGAUAUAACGUCAAAGGGCUUGUUAGGGGAGGUUUGUAGGUGGGAUUUGGGGCUUUAUAUAGAGAGUCCUUACAGGUAGGGUCCUCUUUUUCCCCAGGAAAACCUUUCUUUGUGUUAGGACCCUGAGUUUUCCCUGACUAGUUCUUUGUGUUAGGAUCCUGAGUUUUCCCUGACUAGUUCUUUGUGUUAGGAUCCUGAGUUUUCCCUGACCAGUUCAUUGCGUUAGGACCCUGAGCUUUCCCUGGUCAGGGUAUGUGGUCCCUCCCUCCCUUCACACUCCCCUUCCUCCCUUCUCUCCCUCCCUCCCUCCCUCCCUUAAUUAUAUCCCUCCCUCCCCUCUCGCCCUUUCUCCCUUCUCUUCCUUCUCUCCCUCCCUGUCAUCUCUCCCUUCUCCAACCUUCACACUCCCCUCCUCCUUCCCUUCAGCACCUCCCCUCCGUCCUUCACAAACUCCGUCCGUCCUCACACUACCCCCCUCCCUUCACCUCCCUCCUCCCUUCACACCUCCCCUCCUCCCUUCACACCUCCCCUCCUUCCCUUCACACUCCCCUCCCUCCCUUCACACUCCCCUCCCUCCCUUCACACUCCCUCCCCUUCCUCCCUCACCUCCCUCCCCUUCUCCCCUCCUUCCCUUCACACCCCCUCCUCCUCCUUCACACUCCCUCCCUUCUCUUCCACUCUCCUCUCUCCUUUCCCUCACACUCCUCUCCCUCUCACACUCCCCUCCCUUCCCUUCCACUCCCUCGCUUCCUUCUCUCCCCUCCUUCCCUUCACACUCUCCCCCUCCCUCCCUUCAUCUCUCCCCUCCUUCCCCUUCACACUCUCUUCCCCUUCCCUCCCUUGUCAUCUCUCCCCUCCUUCCCUUCACCUCCCCCCUCCCUUCCUUCCCACUCUCCCUCCCCUCCCCCUUCACACUCCCCCCUCCCUCCCUUCCACUCCCCCUCCUUCCCUCACACUCCCCCUUCCCUUCACCCCCCUCCUUCCCUUCACCUCCCUUCCUCCCUCCCCCCCUCCUUCCCUUCACCACUCCCCUCCUUCCCUUCACACUCCCCCUCCUUCCCUUCCCACUUCCCCCUAUCUUCUCUCCCCCCUGUCCAUCUCUCCCCUCCUUCCCUUCACCCCUCCCCUCCUUCCCUUCACACUCCCCUCCCUUCGUUCACACUCCCCUCCCCUCCUUCCCUUCACACUCCUCUCCCUCCCUUCACACUCCCCUCCUUCCCUUCACACUCCCUCCUUCCCUUCACACUCCCCUCCUUCCCUUCACACUCCCCUCCUUCCCUUCACACUCCCCUCCUCCCCUUCACACUCCCCUAUCUUCUCUCCCUCCCUGUCAUCUCUCCCCUCCUUCCCUUCACACUCCCCUCCCUUCCUUCACACUCCCCUCCCCUCCUUCCCUUCACACUCCCCUCCCUCCCUUCACACUCCCCUCCUUCCCUUCACACUCCCUCCUUCCCUUCACACUCCCCUCCUUCCCUUCACACUCCCUUCCUUCCCUUCACACUCCCCUCCUUCCCUUCACACUCCCCUCCCUUCCUUCACACUCCCCUCCCCUCCUUCCCUUCACACUCCCCUCCUUCCCUUCACACUCCCAUCCCUACUCUCCCUCCGUCAUCUCUCCCCUCCUUCCCUUCACACUCCCCUCCCGUCUCUACCUCCCUCUCUCCUCUCUUUCCCUCCCUCUCUCCUCAACUCCCGCCCCUCGCCCUCCCUCUCUCCUCUCCCUCUCCUCUCCUCCCCCUCUUCUCUCCUCCCCUCCCUCCCUCUCUCCUCCCUCUCUCCUCUCCCCUCUCCUCCCUCUCUCCUCUCCUCUCCCUCCCUGCUGUGACACUAAUUGGAAGCGAAGAGACAAAUUAAUCUGCAAGCGGCAGGUUCUCCGUCGAGGACGUCCGCAGAAUCUUUAAGGAAAUGCGACGUCAACUCCCAUCACUGCUAAAGUGGGUGUGAGCCGCGGGGGCAACGCAGGGCCUGCAUAAUCACUUUAUUAUUUCACUUUGAAUGGAAUAGUGAAUUAAUCUGAGAGAGAGAGAGAGAGAGAGAGAGAGAGAGAGAGAGAGAGAGAGAGGACAGCCAGGGGGUGGGGACAAAAUGGAUGUGAAUAUAAAGGCAAGAAACAAUUACAGCAGAGGUAAAAUGUUGUUGUCAUUCAUGCAUAACAUUAAAGUUAUUGUGCCAGCCUCAUCCAGGAGUGUACAUGUAAUGUUUAAGCAUAGCUAAGUUACCCCCAGGGACUCAUUUAUUGAAGUGGAUAUUACAGAUGUAGUAUCUUAAUUUGAUCACUCUUUUGUUGCUGAGAAUAUUCCAGUGGAUUUUCCAGGAAAUGCAGAUGAGCUUUGUGAUUUACAUAAACUUACCGAAAACCUGCACUAACACACAGUUAUAUUAACAGUAUUCCACUUUUCAUGUAGCCUCAUUUUGACCAGCUAAUAGCCUCACCACCGAUCAAGCAACAUUAUGGACAAAACGUUCAAAUCCUGUUGCUGCAGUACUAUUUUGCUGAGACAAUACUGGUCAAAUGAAGAGAGAGACAGAGACAGAGACAGAGAGAGAGAGGCGGUGGAUGGCAUGCGGAGUAGCUCUGUAGCUUGGUCCUGACUGGGAUAAUUGAGGAUGUAGGUUACUACAGGUGCAUAAACAAACACCCAACAAUGGGAUUAUCCAUCUUGUUCACAGAUGCCGUGCUCGGAUGACCUCUGUCCUCUGACCUCUGUCUGUGUUGAGGUAGAGCUCCCGUUCAUGCCCUCUUUAUCUCUCUCUCUACCUCUCUCCUUCUGUCUCUUUUUCUUAUCUUAUCUUUCCCCACUCUAUCCUUUCACCUCUCUCUUUCUCUCUAUCUCAUUCCCCCUCUUUACCUGAACUCUUCCCAUCUCUCUUGCCUUGCUAUUUUCCACAUCUUUCUCCCUCCUCCUUUCUGGAUCUCUCCCACUUUAAACUCUGUUUACUUAUUUCCCUCUCCCUCCUCCCCCUCUCCUUCCCCUCCCCACCCCUCCCUCCUCCCCCUCUACCUCCUCCCCCUCUCCCACCCCUCCCUCCUCACCCCUCUCCCUCCCCACCCCCCUCUCUCCCCACCCCUCUCCCUCCCCACCCCUCUCUCUCUCCCCACCCCUCUCUCUCCCCACCCCUCUCCCUCCUCCCCCUCUCCCUCCCCACCCCUCUCCCUCCCCACCCCUCCCCCUUUCCUCCUCCCCCUCCCCCCCUCCCCACCCCUCUUCUCCUAACCCUUCUCCCUCCCCCCCCCACCCCUCCCUCCUCCCCCUCUCCUCCUCACCCUCCCCCACCCCUUUUUCUCCCCACCCCUCUCCCUCCUCUCCCUCUUCCUCCCCACCCCUCCCUCCUCCCCCUCUUCUUCUCCUCCCCCUCUCCCUCCCCACCCCUCUCUCUCCCCACCCCUCUCCCUCCUCCCCCUCUCCCUCCCCAUCCUUCCCUCUGUAGUGUCAGGAGGAGUCUCGUAUCCAGGGGAGGGAGUUUGAGGAGAGCAGGAAGCAGAUGGAGGAGGAUGGAGACAGGGAAAUCCAGGACAUCAGGAUCCGCUAUGAGAGAUGGCUGAAGGACGAGAGGGAGACCAACAUGCGCCUGAAGGGAGACACCGGCAUCAUGAAGAAGAAGGUAGAGACAUGAUCUUCUCACCCCCACUCCUCCCUCCACCAUCCCAAGCUCUCUCAAAAGUUUCCUUGGUUCCUUUUGUCCUUUCCCGGCCUUCUUCUCAGAACAUAAGAUGGAUACGAGGAGAGCGUUGGAGGAGAAGAUCAGAGGUUCCUCUCCUCAGAUGUUCUCCAAUGCUCUCCUCACUUUCCUCAGACGGGAGAGGACGGGGUGGAGAGGACGGGGGACGGGGGGACGGGGGGGACGGGGUGGAGAGGACGGAGGGGGAGAGGACGGAGGGGGAGAGGACGGGGGGGAGAGGACGGGGGGGGGGGGAAUCAAGAUUCCCCGCUAGUCUCCCUCCAACUCCAUCCCAUCCUUCACACAGACCCUACCCAACCCUCUCCCACCUAGACCCUGCCUGUCUGCCUUCUCAUCACACCUCCCAGGCUGCAGUGGUAGAUCAUAAUUACAGUCAAUCAGACGCAGCAUACGGCCUGCUGACGGCGAGCAGGGCCUAUCCAUGUGUCCAUAGUUAGGCCCUAAUGCGCUCCCUCCGCUUUCUCACUCAAUGUCACAGGGAUGAUGUUGAGUCAGAUCCUGCUGCUGUGUGUAGAUUCUGCUGUCCUAUAUACCUCGCCCCAUUCUGUCUGUCUGUCUGUCUGUCUGUCUGUCUGUCUGUCUGUCUGUCUGUCUGUCUGUCUGUCUGUCUGUCUGUCUGUCUGUCUGUCUGUCUGUCUGUCUGUCUGUCUGUCUGUCGGCUGUCUGUCUGUCUGUCUGUCUGUCUGUCUGUCUGUCGGCUGUCUGUCUGUCUGGCUGGCUGUCUGUCUGUCUGUCUGGCUGUCUGUCGGCUGUCUGUCUGUCUGUCUGUCGGCUGUCGUCUGUCUGUCUGUCUGUCUGUCUGUCUGGCGGCUGUCUGUCUGUCUGUCUGUCUGUCGUCUGUCUGUCUGUCUGUCUGUCUGUCUGUCUGUCGGCUGUCUUUUCUUGUCUUCUCCGAUUUUUUUGGUCUCCUUCCCUUUCUCCCUAGAUCAGGUCAUGCUGUUUUUACUGUCCAAUAUCGUACUGCAUGUGGAGGCUUUAUUAUGUGUUAUGGGAAGCUAUAAAGCAUAUGAACAUUGUUUAAGUCACAAUGAGUUAUGAAGAUGGUGACUGAUGACAACCUUUUCCUUCUCUCCCUGCCACGUCUCCCCCCCUGUCUUCCCCUCCCUCCCUCCCUCACACACACACACACACACACACACACACACACACACACACACACACACACACACACACACACACACACACACACACACACACACAGUUCAGCAGCCUGCAGAAGAAUAUAGAUGACAGGAGCGUGGAGAAAGAGAAGAUGAAGUCAGAGCAACAGAAGCUACUGGCACAUCAGAAGUGUCUGGAGAAAGACAUCCUGGCCCUGAAGAAAGAGAUCCAGGAGAGGGAUGAGACCAUCCAGGAUAAGGUGAGAGGGUUGCUGCUGGGGUGAGGGGUGCAGGGGCUGAGGGGGUACAGCCAGGUGCCAUGGCAAGGAGAGGGUUAGGUUUGUUCCAAAAGGAGCCAGGCAGGAAUGAUAGGUUUGCCUCCAAGGUAUGCAGAAACAUGGAAGGAAGGAAAAAAGUCAAUUUUAUUGAUGGACCUCUACUGUUUAUGAUUGUAGUUGACUGUUCAAAUUUUCUUCUCUCAUAAUCGAACACAAUCAACUCAUACGCUAUUAUAGAUUGUCCAUAAACGUUGUUCUCCCCCAUACAUCCAUUAUCCUGAGUCCCAGUCCCAGUCCCAUGCAUCACACCAGACAAGGUGACUUUGAGACUGUGAGACUCCUCCCCUUCCCAGAGCAGUGCAGCACAGCACUGAGCCUUGAGUGUGAAGGUCCAAUAAUUAAUAAUCACACUGCAUCAGCAUGUGGUGGAGCAGGCCACCGUCUCAGACACCUGCUCUGCCAACACAAACUCAUGUACGCAUACCACCCUGCAUCCCACUGCUGGCUUGCCUCUGAAGCUAAUCAGGGUUGGUCCUGGAUGGGAGACCAUAUGCUGCUGGAAGUGGAGGCACUCUUUCCUCUGGUCAAAAAUAUAUAUAUAUAUAUCCCAAUGCCCCAGGGCAGUGAUGGGGACAUUGCCCUGUGUAAGGUGCCGUCUUUCGGAUGGGACGUUAAACAGGUGUCCUGACUUUCUGUGGUCACGAAAGAUCCCAUGGCACUUAUCAUAAGAGUAGGGGUGUUAACCCCAGUGUCCUGGCUAAAAUGAUGCAUACCAUCAUGGCCACCUAAUCAUCCCCAGCUUCCAGUUGGCUCAUUCCUCCUCCCUCCUCUCCCCUGUAGCUAUUCCCCAGGUUGUUGCUGUAAAUGAGAAUGUGUUCUCACUCAACUUACCUGGUAAAAUAAGGGUAAAAUAUAUUUUUUAAUAACUAUCCACCUCUCUCUUUUUUUUCUCCAUAAGGUUACAUAAUAAAAUAAAUAAAAUGCCAUUUAGCAGACGCUUUUAUCCAAAGCGACUUACAGUCAUGCGUGCAUACAUUUUUUGUGUACGUGUGGUCCCGGGGAUCGAACCCACUACCUUGGCGUUACAAGCGCCGUGCUCUACCAGCUGAGCUACAGAGGACCAUGUUGUGUCCCUGCAUAAACAAAGCAUGAACAAAGAAUGCUGCUGUUAGCGCAAUUGAUGUGCGAGACACUGGGACACUGGGACACUGAGACACUGGGACACUGAGACACUGAGACACUGGGACUGAGACACUGGGACACUGGGACUGAGACACUGGGACUGAGACACUGGGACACUGGGACUGAGACACUGGGACUGAGACACUGGGACUGAGACACUGGGACACUGAAACACUGGGGCACUGAGUCACUGGGACACUGGGACACUGAGACACUGGGACACUGGGACACUGGGACACUGAGACACUGGGACACUGAGACACUGGGACACUGGGACACUGGGACACUGGGACACUGAGACACUGAGACACUGGGACACUGGGACACUGAGACACUGAGACACUGGGACACUGGGACACUGAGACACUGGGACACUGAGACACUGAGACACUGGGACACUGAGACACUGGGACACUUAGACACUGAGACACUGAGACACUGGGACACUGAGACACUGAGACACUGGGACACUGGGACACUGAGACACUGGGACUGAGACACUGGGACUGAGACACUGGGACACUGGAAAUUCAGCGUUACAGCGUUAUUGAAAUUUAAAGGCAAUGUUCCCGCGUCAGCGGAGACUGCAUACAUGGUAAACGCUGCAGAUAUCGGCUCAAUAGGAAAUUACCUUUACAUUUCUAGCGUGCUAUAUGUAACGCUUCAGCGAUACAGAUUGAAUAGAGCCCCUAAUUGAUUACUGUCUUUAAUGUGUAAAUGUCACAGAUGCUGUCUAUGAAAAGAUUACCCCCCCCUACACUCACACACACAUUCACCCGCAUUCAAGAUUAAACGCUUUCAAAUAGCUAAUUGGACAGAGAGUAAAUUCUAAUAAAAUGGUCCCACAUCAAAAGAGGAGCCCCCAGUUCAGUUCAAACACAGAUCCAUCCUCCUAUCCUUCCUCUUCAUGAAUAAAGAUUCACACUCAGCAGCGUAGCCGUGGCAACUGUUGUUCUAACGCCCACCGUCUCUAACGAUGAUACAUUUGAACAUUAAAGAUGCCUCCGAGAAGUUAAGCUUAAACAUUAGAUUUGGUUCACUUGUAUUGUGGAACUAUGGAAGUUACAUUUUACAUUUAAUUUCAUGGGAUAUCAAUGUUGGAAGAGGAUUAUGAAUGUAAUUGAAAUGUAAAAAUAACGCAAGCCAAAGACUAUCAAGAGAAUGGGUUGAUUUCAUGGCGUAUUUAAACAAUCUAACAACCUGUUGCGUGGCAACAUUGCUUCAUGGCUUGUUAUAUUCUAUGAGUUAUUACAUGGCAGUUAAAUUAUUGUCUAGUCAUUCAGUGUAAAAUUAAACUUGAAGCAGAUCUGAGGCCUGUUUCUGCUGUCUUGCCAACUCCUAUGGUUGUUGCGUGACAAAGACCAUAUGAGUUGGCAAGACAGCACAACAGAUCUGGGACCAGCAGGCUAAGGUAUUGUGCCUGUGUAAGAGAAAUGCAUCCAUGAUCUGAUCUGAGGCCUGUUUGUCUUGUCUUGUCCUUUAUCCCUGUGUAGGAGAAAUGCAUAUACGACCUGAAAAAGAAGAACCAGGAGCUGGAGAAGUUUAAGUUUGUUCUGGACUACAAGAUCAAAGAACUGAAGAAACAGAUCGAGCCCAGAGAGAACGACAUCAAGGAGAUGAAGGAGCAGACCCAUGAGGUAAAACAAGAUGGCUCCUCUUCCUCCUCCUGUAUCAGUUCUUUAACAGGUUAACUGUAUUUGUAUUUGUAUUUAUUAUGGAUCCCCAUUAGCUGCUGCCAAGGCAGCAGCUACUCUUCCUGGGGUCUGGCAAAAUUAAGGCUGAUACGAUUUUAAAAACAUUACAAUACAUUCAUAACAGAUUUCACAAUACACUAAGUGUGUGCCAUCAGGCCCCUACUCCACUACCACAUAUCUACAACACAAAAUCAAUGUGUACGUGUGUGUAUAGUGCAUAUGUUAUCAUGUGUGUGUAUGCAUGUGUCUGCGCCUAUCUUUGUAUUGCGUCACAGUCCCUGCUGUUCCAUAAGGUGUAUUUGUAUCUGUUUUUUAAAUCUGAUUCUACUGCUUGCAUCAAUUACCUGUAGUUCCGUGUAGUCAUGGCUCUAUGUAGUACUGUGUGCCUCCCAUAGUCUGUUCUGGAUUUGAGGACUGUGAAGAGACCUCUGGUGGCAUGUCUUGUGGGGUAUGCAUGGGUGUCUGAGCUGUGUGCUAGUCAUUUAAACAGACAGCUCGGUGCUUUCAAUAUGUCAAUACCUCUCACAAAUACAAGUAGUGAUGAAGUCAAUCUCUCCUCCACUUUGAGCCAGGAGAGAUUGACAUGCAUAUUAUUAAUGUUUGCUCGCUGUGUAUAUUCAAGGGCCAGCCGUGCUUCCCUGUUCUGAGCCAAUUGCAAUUUUCUUAAUUCCCUCUUUGUGGCACCUGACCACACGACUGAACAGUAGUCCAGGUGCUACAAAACUAGAGCCUGUAGGACCUGCCUUGUUGAUAGUGUUGUUAAGAAGGUAGAAGGACAGACUUCUCCUCAUUUUAGCUACUGUUGUAUCAAUAUGUUUUGACCAUGACAGUUUACAAUCCAGGGUUACUCCAAGCAGUUUAGUCACCUCAACUUGCUCAAUUUCCACAUGAUUUAGUUGAGGUUUAGGGUUUAGUGAAUGAUUUGUCCCAAAUACAAUGCUUUUAGUUUUUUAAUAUUUAGGACUAACUUAUUCCUUGCCACCCUUUCUGAAACUAACUGCAGUUCUUUGUUAAAUGUUUCAGUAAUUUCAGUCGCUGUAGUAGCUGACGUGUCUAGUGUUGAGUCAUCAGCAUACAUAGACACACUGGCUUUACUCAAAGCCAGUGGCAUGUCGUUAGUAAAGAUUGAAAAAAGUAAGGGGCCUAAACAGCUGCCCUGGGGAAUUCCUGAUUCUACAUGGAUUAUAAUGGAGAGGCUUCCAUUAAAGAACACCCUCUGUGUUCUGUUAGACAGGUAACUCUUUAUUCACAAUAUAGCAGGGGGUGUAAAGCCAUAACACAUACGUUUUUCCAGCAGCAAACUAUGAUCGAUAACGUCAAAAGCCAUACUGAAGUCUAACAAAACAGCCCCCACAAUCUUUUUAUCAUCAAUUUCUCUCAGCGAAUCAUCAGUCAUUUGUGUAAGUGCUGUGCUUGUUGAAUGUCCUUCCCUAUAAGCAUGCUGAAAGUCUGUUGUCAAUUUGUUUACUGUAAAAUGGCAUUGUAGCAGGUCAAACACAAUUUUUUCCCAAAACUUUACUAAGGGUUGGUAAUAGGCUGAUUGGUUGGCUAUUUGAGCCAGUGAAGGGGGCUUUACUAUUCUUAGGUAGUGGAAUGACUUUUGCUUCCCUCCAGGCCUGAGGGCCCACACUUUCUAGUAGGCUUAAAUUGAAGAUAUGGCAAAUAGGAGUGGCAAUAUCAUCCGCUAUUAUCCUCAGUAAUUUUCCAUCCAAGUUGUCAGACCCUGGUGGCUUGUCAUUGUUGAUAGACAACAAUAAUUGUUUCACCUCUUCCACACUCAAAAUUCAAAAUAAAAAUUCUUGUCUUUCAUAAUUUGGUCAGGUAUACUUGGAUGUGUAGUGUCAGCGUUUGUUGCUGGCAUGUCAUGCCUAAGUUUGCUAAUCUUGCCAAUGCCAAAUCAUUAAAGUAGUUGUCAAUAUCAGUUGGUUUUGUAAUGAAUGAGCCAUCUGAUUCAAUGAAUGAUAGAGUUGAGUAUGCCUUUUUCCCAACAUUUCAUUGAAGGUGCUCCAAAGCUUUUUACUAUCAAUCUUUAUGUCAUUUAUCUUUGUUUCAUAGUGUAGUUUCUUCUUCUUUUUAUUCAGUUUAGUCACAUGAUUUCUCAAUUUGCAGAAUGUUUGCCAAUCGGUUGUGCAGCCAGACUUAUUUGCCAUUCCUUUUGCCUCAUCCCUCUCAACCACACAAUCUUUCAAUUCCUCAUCAAUCCACGGGGAUUUAACAGUUUUUACAGUCAUUUUCUGAAUGGGUGCAUGCUUAUUAGUAACUGGAAUAAACAAUUUCAUACACACCAUGGACCAACAAAUAUUCUUUACAUCAACAACAUAGGAAUCACUACAAAACGUAUUGUAUGACCUCUUAUACACUAUAUUAUGCCCAGACUUUGGAACUUUGGUUUUCCUAGAUAUGGCUACUAUAUUGUGAUCACUACAUCCGAUGGAUCUGGAUACUGCUUUCAAGCACAUUUCUGCAGCAUUAGUAAAGAUGUGAGUAAAUACAUGUUGAUGAUUUAAUUCCUGUGCUGUUUGUAACUACCCUGGUAGGUUGACUGAUAACCUGAAUCAGGUUGCAGGCACUGGUUACAGUUUUAAGCUUUUUCUUGAGUGGGCAGCUUGAUGAAAGCCAGUCAAUAUUUAAAUCACCCAGAAAAUAUACCUCUCUGUUGAUAUCACAUACAUUAUCAAGCAUUUCACACAUGUUAUCCAGAUACUGACUGUUAGCACUUGGUGGUCUAUAGCAUCUUCCCACAAGAAUGGGCUUUAGGUGAGGCAGAUGAACCUGUAGCCAUAUUACUUCAACUGUAUUUAACAUGAGAUCCUCUCUAAUCUUUACAGGAAUGUGGUUGUGAAUAUAAACAGCAACACCUCCACCACUGGCAUUUCUGUAUUUUCUGUAAAUGUUAUAACCUUGUAUUGCUACCAAUGUAUCAUCAAAGGUAGUGUCUAAGUGAGUUUCAGAGAUAGUCAGAAUAUGAAUGUCAUCUGUUACUAGCAAGUUAUUAAUUUCAUGAACCUUGUUUCUUAAGCUACAUAUGUUAACGUGGGCUAUUUUGAGCACUUUUCUGGGAUGCUUGCUUGUUUUCAUUGCUUUACUGGGAAGCUUAGCAGAAGUAGAUAUUCUCAUGUUAUUUAUGUUAGUGCAGGGUGAGCUGCACACAGUGGACUUCCUACUAGGGCACACUGCAUCAGUGCUAACAGCUUAAAUCUGGUUCAUAGGCACAUGAUUGCUGCGAACAAUAGCUGUAGGAUCAGCAGAGGCAUUCAGGGCAGUUAUAGGGACAUAAAUUAGGUUACUUACAUUGUGUCUACCAAUGCCCAUGGUAUAAUGUAAAUUUGCUAAAGCUUAUGAUGACUCAGCGACACAAUGGUAAGGAUUAACUGAGCUGGGCUUGGGUCAUUGAUAAGUCAUUGUCUCAACACAGCCUUAUAAUGCUGUGAAAGGAUCCAGGAACCCAAAUGAUUUGGGUGGAUCCCAUCCUCCUUAUAAAACGUGUUUUCUUUCCAAAAGGUAUUGAAAUUGUUCACAAAAGUUACACCCAUUGAGCUGCAAUAAUCACGUAGCCAGUUGUGAAGAGAAAUAAUCCUGCUAAAGCGUUCAAUGCCAUGAUUCAGAGAGGGCACAGGGCACAGAUAUGAUGGGUCUUUUAUUAGUGUCUUUUUUAUUUUAUUUAAUUUUUUAUUUCACCUUUAUUUAACCAGGUAAGCCAGUUGAGAACAAGUUCUCAUUUACAACUGCGACCUGGCCAAGAUAAAGCAAAGCAGUGCGAUAAAAACAACAACACAGAGUUACAUAUGGGGUAAAACAAAACAUAAAGUCAAAAAUACAACAGAAAAUAUAUAUACAGUGUGUGCAAAUGUAGCAAGUUAUGGAGGUAAGGCAAUAAAUAGGCCAUAGUGCAAAAUAAUUACAUUUAGUAUUAACACUGGAAUGAUAGAUGUGCAAGAGAUGAUGUGCAAAUAGAGAUACUGGGGUGCAAAUGAGCAAAAUAAAUAACAAUAUGGGGAUGAGGUAGUUGGGUGGGCUAAUUUCAGAUGGGCUGUGUACAGGUGCAGUGAUCGGUAAGGUGCUCUGACAACUGAUGCUUAAAGUUAGUGAGGGAGAUAAGAGUCUCCAGCUUCAGAGAUUUUUGCAAUUCGUUCCAGUCAUUGGCAGCAGAGAACUGGAAGGAAUGGCGGCCAAAGGAGGUGUUGGGAGAGAGUCAAUCAGCUCUUUGAAAUCCAGUUUCAACUGUUCAGAGCUGCCCUUCAUAAUGUCAUUCAAACCCACAUGGACUACGAUAGAAUCGAUGUCCAUGUCCUAGCAUAGUACAUUCAGCUUAGUAAUAUCAUUUACUCGAGCUCCGGGAUUUGACAUUGUUUUUGCACCAGGAACAGUCACAUUUCUUACCAUGGUGCUGCCCAAAAUCACGGCUGGCAAGAAGGACGAGGAAAUCCGCCCACUCCUGUCAUUGUUGAAUUUGUUGAAAACCAUCGCUGAAAUGUCUCUUGAGUAGGUACAUACAGUGAGGGAAAAAAGUAUUUGAUCCCCUGCUGAUUUUGUAAGUUUGCCCACUGACAAAGAAAUGAUCCGUCUAUAAUUUUAAUGGUAGGUUUAUUUCAAUUUAUAAAAAUGUUGACAUGUGUUUUUCUGGAUUGUUUUGUUGUUAUUCUGUCUCUCACUGUUCAAAUAAACCUACCAUUAAAAUUAUAGACUGAUCAUGUCUUUGUCAGUGGGCAAACGUACAAAAUCAGCAGGGGAUCAAAUACUUUUUUCCCUCACUGUAAAUAGUAUUUGUAUUCUAUCAGCAGUUGUCCACAGUAGGCUAACUGAAAUGUCUCAUUGAUUAGAAUGAGAAUUGAAUGUUCACUGAAACAAAUCAGUUCCUACUUUUGUCAUCAUUGAUACUUAUUUAAACCGCCUGCCAACUUUUAGCCCUCUCUUCAUCUAAAUGGAAAUGACCACUGUGUCCAUAUAGAUAGGAGUGGAUCAGGGUUUAUAUGAGUGCUAUAGAUCAGCUGAAUGAGGGAGAGGGAGGAGGGAGUGGAGGAUAUAGAGAUCAAUGCUAUGGGCUUCCUGUACUCUGUAGAUGGAGCAGGAACUGGAUACCUUCCACAAGAAGAACGCUCAACAGGAACUGGACAUCGCUGAGCUGAAGCUCAAACUCCACACCACCGACAAGGAGAUGCACAAGGGACUGCAGAAGGUGUGUAGUGUGUGAGAGAGAGGGAGAGUGAUACCAUUUUAAUUUGAGUGCAUGGCAGGUGUUUCUAUUUGUGCUUUUAUCUUUGUCUGACUUUUAUCUGUUGAACUUUGUAUGACCAACCCCUCCUCCCCAGGUGAGGGAUGUGGAGGCCCUAGUACGUAGGUUCAGGACGGACCUCCAUAACUGUGUGGGCUUCAUCCAGGAGCCUGAGAGGCUAAAGGACAGCAUGAGAGACCUCUACGACCGCUAUGUACAGAAGAGUGAUGUGGUGAGAGAGAGAGAGAGAGAGAGAGAGAGAGAGAGAGAGAGAGAGAGAGAGAGAGAGAGAGAGAGAGAGAGAGAGAGAGAGAGAGAGAGAGAGAGAGAGAGAGAGAGAGAGAGAGGCAGGUAGAGAGAGAGAGAGAGAGUUAGUUAGUUGUUUUUAUCCUCUUUCACGCAAGCUGGCAGAGUGAAUUGGUUUGUAAAGUUAUAAUGGCUAAAUUGUUUCUAAAGUGCUGGUCUAAGAAAAGUUAUUCCUGAGCAAGUCUUUACCCAGAGGCUAAAGAAUGCAACUGGUCAUGGAUAAGUAAGUUGGCUACUGUGUAUUCAUUGGAAUCAAAGAUGGCUUCUCUUCAUGUCUCUCAGGUGGAUAUAGUUGGUGUGGACACAGACAUCCAGAGGGAGUACGCCCGGCACAGGGAGCACCUGGAGAGGAACGUGGCGUCCCUGAAGAGGAAGCUGGCCAAAGACGGCGUGGUCCACCAUGCUGACAACGUCAAGAUCCUGCAGGUGACAGAGACAAGACUUUUCAUAAAGGACUGUUGGAGUGUCCCACACAAUGAUCAUAGAAUUAGUGACCACAAAACAGAACCGCUUUCAUUCACAUAUAUUAGACACCCCAAAUCUAUAGGCUGUUUGUUCUGUGGUAUUCUGUGACUAACUGAUUGAUUAAUUGAUUCAUUCAUUGAUUGCUACAGGAGAAUGCAACUCUGAUCAGAGAGAUAAAUGAUCUGAGACAGGAGUUGCGUCUGGCAGACCAACACUCUCAAAGGUGACCUGUUUCUCUCUUAUCUGUCUGAUUUACAGUAAAGACAACUGAUUGCAGAUUUCUACUCAUUGGAAAGAGUUUCCUGAACUUCUCUGAAGUAGAGCAUUCAUUUUUCUAGCCACUGUGUGAAGAGUCUGUAGGAUAACCUUUACCAUGUGGGGAAACCACCUCACUUCAUGGAGUUUAUAUUAUCAUACAGGUGCUUGAGGUUCUCUGUUUCAUCGCUAAGAUGUUUUUUGUCCUAGUAAGGUCACUUGAAAACUAGGGAAAACUCAUAUUUCGAAGUUAUCCAUAUCUAAAGUAGUUGUUCCGUGAGCUGACUUGUUGUCUUGUCUCCGUCCUCAGCGCUGCUAUCUCCCAGGGCCAACCCCAGUAACAUGGUGGUCCAUCUGAACCAGGAGGAGGAGGGGGACCGUAUCGUUCAGCUGCAGCGCCUGGAGAUCCACAGGCUCAGGGAGGAGAUCCAGGUCCUGAUGAAGAUACACCCUUAUAGACCACCCUCCACCGUCAAGCUACCCUCCCUCCAAAUCAACUCAUAA